AUGGACGAAACACGGAGCGGGCGCGUGCGAAAACGUGCCCCGAACGCGUGCAAUCGAUGCCGGCGACAGAAAAUCAAGUGCUCAGGCAAUGUGCCUUGCGAACAGUGCAGUCGACGGAGUAUCUCCUGCGUCUUUGACGACAAGCAACACAAGAUCCUCGUUAGUCAACACUACCUCGCGGAACUGGAACGACAGGUCUCUCAGCUUCCUGAAAGUCGUCUCAAUGGCGGGAUCGGUGCCGAUAGAGGAGACGAGGAGAUUCAUCCCUCUUCACAACAGGACUUCAUGACAGAAGCCGGACCGGAAGCCCCGCAGAACCCAACGCCACCUCCCGGGUCUAAUGAUAUUGAUAUCGAACAUGAUGAUCCUGACUCCGAGUCAGAGGACUCGCAUCAGCAUAGCGGACUGCGUGCUACGCCGGAAGCUGAUUUGACGAACCCGCUUAAUCCCAGUACUUCUGAGUCGUGGACGGUAGAUCAGGCCAGUAAACGAUUCUUCUUGGGCGUAUCUAGCAAUUGGUCUUUCGGCCGACGGAUCUUACGGAUGGUCUACGAGAAGAUCAAUGGCACCGAGCUCCCACCGGACAGUCUCCUUUUCGAGGGAUCGACUUACGACCUUGAAUGGGAUGGCCAUAUCAGCUCAACCAGCGUCGAUGUAUCCACUUUACCAACCUCGGACUUCGCACUCUUCCUCAUCAACGCCGUCAAGUUCCACUGCGGACGGCUGUUCCACAUGUUCGACGAGACGACGUUCAUGCAUUACUUCGGGAAGUUCUAUGAGGAUCCGGGCAACGAGAAGAACUACCCUCGCCUGUGGUACAUCCAUUUUCUGUUGAUUCUGGCCUUCGGCAAGGCUUUUAUCGUUCGAACGAACAAAGCCAAGCGACCCCCUGGCGCUGAGUUGUUCGUGCAAGCGAUGCAAUUGUUGCCGAACGUCACCUUUUUCUGGUCAGAUCCGAUACAGUCGAUUGAGAUUUUGACUUGUAAAGCGCUGUACUUGCAGUGUCUGGACCUGCGGAGCGCCGCUUACAAUGUCAUCGGCCAGGCGUCUCGUCUUGCCGUUGAGCAAGGCAUGCACACUGACAUGCGCAGCCUACAUCUGGAAGAGCAUGUCGUGGAAAGAUGCCGCGAAGUUUGGUGGACAGUCUACAUCUUAGAUCGCCACAUGACAUCUCUGCAAGGCGUGCCGAUUACUUUGUCUGACGAUGACAUAACCGCCGUGUUGCCAAAAUUCGCUGGCUCGACAAGGAAGUCACUGGCCCUCAGCUUGCAUGUGAAAUUGUCCAGGGCUGAAGCGAUGAUUCUCCAGACUGUCUACGGCAAGAGCGGCGGACGAAGCGAACGCUUUAUGGCCAGCAUGAAAGAAGCGCUGAGGACGAUCGCUGAAGCCAACGAUGAGCGCAAUCAAUACUUCCCCCUCGACCUCAAAGCCUCUGCGAGCGGUAUAUGUCGACUGUCUGCGUAUUUGCACAUCUUCCACCAUCAAUGCCUCAUUCUUGCGACCAGACCACUCCUCUACAGCUUUCUACAGAAGCGGCUAAACUCGUCAAGGCCUCUGCGUGUAUCGACUUCUCACGGGGCGAGGUCUCUUUUACGUGUCUGCAUUGGCUCUGCACAGCAGACGCUCAAUAUACUGGAAGCACUGCAGGCUCAAUGUCUUCUGGAGAGCCAUAUGCCCUUCGAUUGUGAUGCUACAUUUUCGUCUGCGCUGGUGCUACUGGUCGCCACUACGGUCGAUCCAUCGUUAGUCCGUGACAAGAAUCCGAGGCUGGAGACUGCUUAUACCCUUCUUAACGAGAUGGUCUGUCGAGGGAAUCUUAUCGCUGGCUACAAUAAGCGGGAGCUUGAACUGGUGGACGAAAACUUCAAGAAAUUGCAUGAGCUCAACGCUGCGGCCCAGCAACCGAGUCAGAAUGAAACGCCCACCAGUGUCACGGCUUUGCCUCUGGUUCCGCAGCCGGGUAUGGACGACCAGCUUCAGGACAAUUUGUACAGCAUUGACACGAUCUUGAGUGAAUGGAACUCUGAAGAUGGUCUCAGCGGAGAACACCUUCUGGCGAUGGCCGACUCCCUGGACUUUGGACAGUUGAAUUGGAUGGAUAUGGGUGACUACGAUCAGGCUACGACAUCGGCAUUUUGA